AUGUCAGGGCACCUAGACCCGAGCCUGACCGACGUUGAAAUCAUCGCCACCUUCACACCCGCCGAGCGACGUUUGCACGAAUGGUAUGAGAAUGGCGGCCUAGAUGAGUUUCAAUCGGGGGGGUUGAUUAGUGGCUUGGAAGCCAUGUAUCCCGACAUCGAAGACGUCGAUGAAACCCUCAUGACUUUCGCUGAGAAGUGGCUCGACCGGGAUUACAGGCGAGAUAGAGUUCCAGUUUCACGCAGCUCGCUCCUCACUCGCAUCAGAGAGACUCCGUGCAAGGAUCCUCGGCAUCUCCAAGAGACCGUCUUAUCAAUUCAGAGAUACAACUUCCCUGAUUUCCUUGUGGGCGAAAGCCGCUUCGGUGGUACCUUGACAGGAUAUGCCAUCCAACCGAACCCGUGCGCAUUCAACCCUGAUGAACCAUUCGACGAGAUCAGUGAAGCGGAAAGCGCCAUGACUUUGGAUCCCGCUGUCGUGGCGAUCGAUGUUGCUACCGUUUCUUCUCAACAAUCUCCUCCACCCGUUGAUCCACCUGGUCUAUCAAGCCCACAGAAACGCCGACGUGAGAACCGAAGCUCGGGGGAGGACUCGAUUGCCUCCAUGCGCAGCGCCAACAGCGACGACUUCCUUGACACCGAGCCGGAUGUCUUUUACCAAGUUGGGGCGCUGAUGUGCUGUACAGGGAAGGAAUGGAUGAAGGUUCGAGACAAAUCUGUCCAGGACAAGCUAGUCUACAACAUGUGGGACUCAUGGCAGCCGACCGGCUACAGCGUCGUUGUCAAGCUCAACAAAGAUGGUUACCCAACAGGACCUGUCUUUGCCAUCUGUGCAUACACUUCCGAGAUUUAUCGCAUGGAUCCCCAUCUUGAAGUUGAACAGAUUGAACAGAUAGAGUAUCAGCACUACAUUCUGCAGUCGCAUCUGGGCAGUCUUUACCCUGGCUGUGAUACCAAGUUCUUCCUUGCUCAGAUGGCGGAAAAGCUUGAAGACCUUCACCAUGGCGUCGAGUUCAACUUCGAUAUCAAGGCCGAGAAGAAAUGUAUGGUGCAAUCAACCAAGUUGGUUGGUGUCGGCCCGUCCCAGAUGAUUAUUCCUCGACAGGUUUCCGAUGCCACUGGUACUAACCAGUACAAACGACCCCGCAUGGAAAUGGUUGAUGAGAAUGAAUAG